AACCCACUCGCUCCAAGUGGAACUGGCUUACUGACUCCUUCUCCUGGGACAAGCCCGGUUCCAGAGGCACCUGUUUUAGAACCAAACCCCGAAAAACCUCCUGCUCCUCCAGGUGAAACUGUAACCCCAAACCCUCUCACUCCAAGUGAAACCGAUAUUCUGACCCCUGCUCCUCCUGCUCCUGGUGAAACAGGAAGCGUGACCCCUAACCCACUCGCUCCAAGUGGAACUGGUUUACUGACUCCUUCUCCUGGGACAAGCCCGGUUCCAGAGGCACCUGUUUUAGAACCAAACCCUGAAAAACCUCCUGCUCCUCCUGGUGGAACUGAAACUGUAACCCCAAACCCUCUCACACCAAGUGAAACCGAUAUUCUGACCCCUGCUCCUCCUGCUCCAGGUGAAACAGGAAGCGUGACCCCUAACCCACUCGCUCCAAGUGGAACUGGUGUACUGACUCCUUCUCCUGGGACAAGCCCGGUUCCAGAGGCACCUGUUUUAGAACCAAACCCCGAAAAACCCCCUGCUCCUCCAGGUGGAUCUGAAACUGUAACUCCAAACCCUCUCACUCCAAGUGAAACCGACAUUCUCACCCCUGCUCCUCCUGCUCCAGGUAAAACAGGAAGGGUGACGCCUAAUCCUCUCGCUCCAAGUGAAACUGGAGGCGUGACCCCUACAUCUCCUGCCUUAGGUGGAACUGGAAGUGUGAGCCCCGCACCUCCUGCCCCAGGUGGAACAGAAACUGUGACCCCUAGUCCUCUCGCUCCAGGUGAAGCUGGAGGUGUUGCCUCCACACCCCCUGCUCCAGGUGAUACAGGAAGUGUGACACCAAACCCUCUUGCUCCAACUGAUUCUGGAAGUGUGACACCAAAUCCUCUUGCUCCAAGUGAGACUGGAGUUUUGACUCCUGCACCUCCUAUUCCAGGUGGUGCAGAAAGUGUUACCCCUACCCCUCUAACUCCAAGUGGAACUGGAGACACUACCCCUACACCCCUUGCUCCAGCCGGAACUGGAAGUGUGACCCCUAAUCCUCUCGCUCCGAGUGGGACUGCUGCUCCAAGUGGAACCGGGAGUGUGACCCCUAAUCCUCUUGCUCCAAGUGGGACUUCUGCCCCAGGUGGGACUGGAAGUGUGACUCCUAAUCCUCUCGCUCCAAGUGGGACUUCUGCUCCAGGUGGAACUGGAAGUGUGACCCCUAAUCCCCUCGCUCCAAGUGGGACUGUUGCUCCAGGUGGAACUGAAAGUGUGACUCCUAAUCCUCUUGCUCCAAGUGGGACUGUUGCUCCAGCCGGAACUGGAAGUGUGACACCUAACCCUCUUGCUCCAAGUGGGACUGUUGCACCAG